AUGAAAGGGGGGCCAUUGGAGGCCCAGAAUCCGAACUACCUUGGCCGAAAUGAACGUUUCCUCGUGGUUGACUGUCUCUGGACCCCCAAUGAGUUUGUGGACGGAGCGCCACGAAGCGCCUCCUACCUCUCUGCCAUCCACACGUUCAAAGGCUUACCAGAAGGAAUUCUUUUGUGUUCUAAGACAUUGCUGUUGUUGAAUGCUGUCUCUCCGUCUUGCUCUGACAACACUGCACGGGUAUCCCAUCAUACAUUUCCCAUCGUUGCGACUCAGACAGAUCUCGAACCCGGCUCCUUGCUUAUCGUCGUCACCUUGAAACGUUCUAUUCCCGAAGCGGCACAACGUUUGGUUCCGCGGCAGAUCAGCAGGAUCAACGUCCAGGGUGCGACACGUGCGACAUCGUUCCCCGGAGUCCAAAUCGGGUGCGAUCAACUGAAUAUCAAUGACCAAAAGCCUCUCGACUCUGUGAGACUCGAAUACCUGAGCGGUGAGAGGUACUACAGCGUCGAGGACUCAGCACGUUCUCGAAAGUCGAUGUGA